AUGCUGGCUGCUGUUUGUAGGAGAGCAGGAGCUCCUCUAGUGCGUCGUUUUGAUUCUUCAUUGCGAAACGUAUCGUUUUUGGCGCUCUAUGGAGUGAAAAAGAGUGGAAAAGUGUUUCAGACAGAUUGUUUUGGUGGAACAAUGCAAGUUCGACGAUUUGCAUCUGCAAGCGAGCCAAUGUCAAAAGGAAGAGAGAUGAUCGCUACUACAAGUGUAAAGUCUAUUGUUGAUAACUCUUCCAGCUGGAAAUAUGGACAUCCAGACUAUUCGCCCAUUCCUGUAUUAUCCAAGGAACAAAUAUCACAAAUCACUACAGGAACGGUUGGAAGCAAAAAUCUAAACAUUACCGAGCGCGACCUUCUGGAGCUCGAUACUCUAGCUCAGAAACUGACCUCAAUGUUGGAAGAACCGUUUGAUGAAGGCAUUCUCAUGAAUCUGAAAGACUACAAUGUCGAUAAGUUGUUCAAUCGUGUCAAGGGAACCUUGCAUGUGGACGAUGUUCCUGCAACGAUUAAGGCGAUUCGUGUUCUUUCUGCCCAGAAUCGCGUGGAGGACGCUCUCACCCUGUGGAACAUAUUAAAGCAAAACCCUCAUCAUUGUACCCUCUUUGCUUGGACUGCGUAUCUCAAUACGUUGUGUACGCACAACAAAUCAACGCUGGCUCGCCAAGAACUGAAAGAAAUGGUUCUUUCGGGCGUUUCUCCCGACCAACAUAUUUACGGCGUGCUUGUAAACGGCCUGGUUUUAGAAGGGAAGCUCAACGAAGCCUUCUCGGUCACGCGAGAAAUGUCCGAAUCAGGUCUGCGUCCGAACAAUAUCAUCUUUUCCUCCCUCAUCUAUGGCUGCAUCAAAAAGCGGCAGCUCGCUCGAGCCAAUGAGACCUUCGAUCUCAUGCGAAACUACAUUGAAGAGCCCGAUUCGAUCAGUAUCGCACUGAUGAUCAAAGUGUCGGAGCUUCAACACAACACAGAGCGAGCCAUUCGAUUCUUUGACAGCCUGGACGUGCAUCAACAGCUUGUCACUCAGGGCUGCUAUCAUGCGAUUAUGCACGCAUGUGCUCGAAGCUGGCGCUAUGAUGUGAUGGCUUUCGACUAUUUCCAGAAGAUGGAGGUCGCAGGCAUUGCGCCAUCCCUCUCUUCUUAUCACAUUUUAUUGGAAGCAUGUGCUCAACGCGGAGAUUUCGUUCGAGCGAACUCCGUCAUGGUUCAGCUUCAAGAACGAGGCUUCAAACCUACAUCGGAAACGCUUUCUCUGCUUCUUAUGGUGCUCGGAAAUGCUUCAGGGAACGGCCUGGCGCUUCCAGAACAUCCAGCAGGAAAUCGAAGAUACACACGCGAGGAAUACGAAAUGUAUUUGAAGGGACUGCCAGUGGCUAUUAAACGCGAUCGACUUGCCUAUGUGCGAGACAGUCGAAGAAAAGCGAUCGAUGAUGGAUUGGGAGAAACCGAGGAAGAGGAAACGAGUGGAGGAAUGAGUGGAGAAGAAGAAAUGGGAGAGGAAUCGAAUUCUAAGAAUUCGAUCAAUCCGUUGAAUCCUUUGUCGCAACUAGAAGAAACGGAUAUGAAAAGCAUCGAAGCUUCCAAAGCAGAAUUGCUUCAGAAUGCAAAGCAGGCUCUGCAGCGAGCAACUCCCAAGAGUGGACUCAGCCAGGGUCUUUCACAAACCGAAAUCGACGCUGAAAUCAAUCGAAUCGAAGGGAAAUCUGGAGCUCCCCAAGUCCAAAACCCGAUCGAUGAGAUUGUAAAACGCACCGAAGAAUUGGUGGCGGAGAAGUUCUCGGUACAACCGAUGAACGCAACGGAUGCUUCUGUUGCUGCUUCGAAUCGCGAGAUCGUAGAUAAAGCGUUGAAGGAAAUGAAUGAACGGGGUUUGAUCAGUCGAAAUGCGAAUAUGGAUUUGCUUCGAAGUCGCGAAGAAUCGAUCGUAGAGCUGAUGCAAUUAGAAGAAAAAGGCCGAUCAUUGUUGGUAGAGGCGUACAAAGCGAAGGGAGGCGAUGAAAAACACAUUGAUUACGCGAGUCCUCUCUGGAAAUCAUGUGUCGACGAUGUGCUAAAUCGCGAUCCGUCUCUCAAGCAGAGCAUUCAAAACAUGGUGAACGUGAAAAUGGGAACCGUUCUCCUCACCGGAUCCUCUCUUUUAAAGCAAAAGGAACAAGUCCGCUUCCUUCGCUCCUGCUUCCUCGAAUCGCCAGAGAAAGCAAAGCAGCUCACGCAGCUCCGCAUCGCCAAACUCGUAAAGCCGUCAAUCCUCGAGAACUACGAGAUGAUUCGCGAUGUGGAGCCGGAUAUUCGCUAUCAAUCGCCAAAGCCCAACGUGUUCGCUCUGCGUUGUCCCAAUCGCGUUCAAGAUCUUUCCGCGUAUUGGGACCAUUUAUACGCUCAAGACGCCUCCGUCCCCGCGUUGAAACCGUAUUUAGCGCGGGAAGGAGAACGAAUUUGGCGGGAACUGCUUCGCCAGACCGACGAAAAGCCUUCGCUGGUGCAUCUGAAUAGCUAUUUGGGUUUGUAUACGAAGUCACUCUUCUUCAAUCGCGCCAAAUCCGUGUUCCAAUCCAUCGAGAGCUACGGGCAAAAACCCGAUCGCAUGUCGUACCACCUGCUCAUUACGAUGUACGCAAAGACCAAGCACGUGACCGACGCGGCGCAGCUGCUUCGCGAGAUGCAGCUGAAUGGUUUGGUGCCUGCGCCUGAGACGUACGGCGAAAUGAUUCUGGCGCUGAGCCGCGUGGGGAACGUGGACCAGGCGCUGAGCGUGCUGACGGACAUCAAGCGACGCGGCCUGCCGUUCCCGAAGGAGAGAUACCUGCGACCGUUGCGAAUGGAGCUGAAUAGAUUGGGAAUGAGCGAUCAUCCGAGCCUGCCGGAAGACAAAGAGAAGAAAUGGAGGAAGGAGUUCCGCGAAGCGACGCGGGAGAAGUCGAGGAAGAGCAAUUCGCGCGUGCAGCACGCAGCCAAUGCGAAGUAA